AUGAUAAAUAAUGUUUUAUUCAAUCGUAUUUAUCUUGCAUUUAUCUUAUUAAAUACUCAAUGUUUAACAUUAAAGCUUCGUUCAAUUCAAUUAAAUAUGUAUAUGACAUCAUCAUUUGAUUUUUGUAUGCGUUAUUUAACAAAAAAUUCUAUGACUGGUUGUUCAUCACAUAAAUCAGGUAAUCGUGGUCGAUUAAUUGAUAUAUCAUCAUUAAAUGAUCUUCUGUCAUAUAAGUAUUCCUAUCCAAUUAUUGUUCUCAUACCACCAAGAAAAGAUAUACUUGAUUUUGCUAUAUUUCAUGCUCCGAUGAUUGUUGGUAUACUUAUCGAUGGAAAAAUAAUGAAUAUAAAUGAUACACAUUUUACAGAAGUGAAUACUUGUCCAGAAGAUUUUAUUGGUUUAUCAAAAUCAACAAAUUGUUCGAUUAGAAUAAAUAAAUAUGGUAUUGAUUUUCGUGGAAUAUCUAUUGAUAAACCAAUUUUUUUAUUAACUAAUCAAACAAUGAUUGAUGAUUUAAGAAAAGUUAGUUAUUUAUAUAAUCAACAACAAAUAUCAAAAGGAAAAUAUAUUAAUGCACAUAUGAAAUCUUAUCCAUAUGGUAUUAAAAAUGCUCAAGUUUGCAAUCGUCGAUCAAAAUCAACAUUUUUUGGUGAAGCUUAUUUUAAACAUUAUUCUAUUAAAUGUCGAAGUCUAAUGAUAAAUAUUGUUUGGAGUAUAUUCAAUGCAAUUUCAAUAAAAGAUACUCGUCCUCCAAAAUCUGUUAUUAUAUUUUAUACUAAAUUUGAUUUCUUUUCUAUUUUUCAACCAAGAAAUGCUGGUGCUCAAUCAACAGCAUUUGGUGUAGUUACAUUACUUGGUUUAGCGUGGCUAUUAGGUAGAAUUAAUCUAAGUCAAUUAUUAAUUUCAAAUAAUAAUAAUAAAGAUAUCGUUAUUUUGUUUAUUAAUGGUGAAAAUUGGAAUUAUUAUGGAACAUUUGAAUUAAGUAAAAUUAUUUUAGAAAAACGAUUUCCUUAUAAAAUAGACAAAUCAUCUAAUCAAGAUAAUUUACAUCCAAUUGAACCUGAACAUAUUGAUAUUAUAAUUAAUAUUGAUCAAUUAGGUAUUAAUCAUAAUCAUACAUAUAUUUUGUAUGAUAAUAUUCAUCCAUUUCUUGAAAAAUUCAAGUAA